AUGAAAUUCUCGGCCGCUUUCUCCAUCGCAGGUACUUUCAUCGCUGUCUCUGCACAGAAUUUCGGUGCUGAACCUGCUUGCGCUGUCUCCUGUCUCCAAAGCGCCAUCUCCGUCGCCGGCUGUGGCGCCACCGACCAAGCCUGCCAAUGCGGCACCGCGCAAGCCGCCAUCCAAACCGCCGUAACACCCUGUCUCAUCUCCGCGUGUAACGUCGACGAACUCGCGUCUGCCGCGAGCGUAGGCUUCGCUCUAUGCUCAUCAUUCAGCGCCCCUGCUACCGCAAUCACGGGAAGCGUUACCACCCAAGCCAUCACAUCUGAGAAUCCGGGCGGUCUCGCAAGCUCCACAACGGCAGAUGUAAGCGCGACAGGAAGUGCAUUAAGCUCUAGCAAUCCAGGUGGCGUUGUGAGCAUUCUCACCAACACCAGCGUAUCGUCUACUGCAAGCGCGACCGGUACUGCAUUAAAGUCGUCGAAUCCCGGAGGAGCAAUCAGUUCAGCGAUUUCUUCCGCAUCGAGCUCAGUCAGUUCAGUCAUCUCUUCGGCGUCCAGCUCGGCCAGUGCAGCUGUUUCUUCAGCACGAAGCUCGGCAUCUGCAUCCGCAUCUUCAUCUACAAGUUCACCCGCUUCGGUUACAACAAAUGCGGCGCCUACUAUGGGUGUUCAGAUGGUGGGAGGAUUGAUGGGUGCGGUUUUGGGUGUCGUUGCUGUCUUGUAG